CCUCUCCCUGCCGAGGCCUGCCUGACACCUCGGCCUCUCAGUGCUUGUGUGCUCGCCCUGCUCCCUCUGUCUCCGGGCCCCGUCGCGGCUCCAGCCCCGCUCUUUCCCGCUGCCUUGCCUUGGCGCUGGUCAUGGAGUAAGGUGGAAGAUGGCGGGCGGCGGAGAGAGCCGCUUUCUGAAAGCUUUGGAUAGAACACAGUCCAAGAAAGAUGCAGGUUUUAGAAAUAACUGGAGUUUUGAAAACCUGGAAGAAAGUGAAGGUGAUGUUGAAAAAGAUGAGGUUAACUUGCUCAAUGUAGAAGAAAGUGAUGGAGACAGCCCAAAAGCUGAUGAACAAAAGUCCAGACAUCUGCGGCCUGGAACUGUUCAAGGUCCAGGGGACUCACUUAAGACAAAUGAGAGAAGAGGGAAAACACUUCACUUAAGACCUAUUAAAGGCAACGCAAUUGGACUGAACAUGAUAGGAGCAAGCAAGAAUCUGGUAGAAAAUGCCCAGAACAUUGUACUCCCCCCAGGAACUAUGUUGCAGAGAAGAAUUUGUCAUCAUACAAGUACCUCGCGGUCCGGCGUGAAAACAGCAGCACAGAACAGUCUGGAAAGACGGGAAAGGAAAGAAUACCCCCCACAUAUUCAGAAGGUAGAAGUCGAUCCUGUUGGGUUGCUACAAAGAUUAGAAGACAUGCAGGGAACAGGGGAGGAUUCCCAGGUGGAGCCCGGGCCUACAAUAAGGAGAAAGGUACAGCAGCCUCGGCGCAGCAGUUUUCAUACGUGUGAUUUGCCCUUGCAUCGUACUGCUCAAUUGUGUGUAACAGAGAGCACAGAGCAGAUCGAACCUUUCCAACAUUGUACAUCUUGUGUAAAAGAAAAUAAAAGUAAGACAAGAUGCCAAAGUUGUGGAGAUGCGCAGAGACUUUCUAGACAAAGCACUUCAUCUUCAGAAUCACCUGCUUCCCUGGCUAGGCCAUCAAUCCAUCACAGUCCCGCAGCUGACAAGUCUGUCAGCAAAGGGUUAAAUGCUAAGAACUUCUAUGGCUCUUCCUACAGCAAAAUUGCAAUGGACUCGAUGUUAAAAAAUGACUCUCCCAAGUGGAAGCAGUAUCCUGCAAAUGGGAAAAUUGGACUAUCCGCAGAAGCUAAUUUAUCCAAGAUUACUAAAAAUGCCAGACUGAGAAGUAGAUUGUCCGAAACCAAUGACACAAUUAUCCUGUCUAGUGACGAUGAAGAUAAUAUUAGCACUGGAAGCACCAGCAGGGUAGAGAGCAUCUCUCCUCGGCCUGCAGAUUCAGCUUGUUCCUCUCCUGUUCCAUCUUCUGAGAAAGUAGAAGCAGCUCUGAGAGAAAAUAGUUUAGUAGAUAGCAAAUAUAGUAGUGCAGCUGAGCCUGACCUGCCUGUCGCCAUCCCAAGGAAAGCAAGAAUGAAGGAUGAGUUUGGCAAUACUGUUGCUGUGACUCCGGUAAAGCGGCGUCGAGUUUCCCAGUUGCCGCUGCCUAGUGAAUCGCCCAGCGUGCUGCAGUGUCCUGUAAAACCUUGUGAAAGCAUGAUCCUCGUGUGUCGGAAUAUACGUAUAGGGACCCUUUACCGUGCGAUAACCGAGCCUGUCGUGUUUUGUGUAGACUUCAUAAAGAUACAACUUGAAGCACCAGAUGUAGAAGGUGGCUCUGAAGAAUUAAUACUGAAAACAUCUGAUCUUACAAAGUGUGAGUGGUGCUGUGCAAGAAAGCUUCCUGUAGUCUUUUUUCAAAGUACGCCAUCUUUCUGUCAGAAGCUGCGGCUACAGUUUAAUAUGAGCAGACAAAGUGGACUCAGAUGGUAUGACUGCAAGGCUUCAAAUGUAGAAGAACAGCACAUCGUGUUAAUUUUUGAAAGGCCCCUGCUUGUACAUGAAAGUGCUUGCUUUGAAAAGAUUCUAUCUGAAGUUGGAAAAAAACUUGCGAUUCCAAACUUUUUAUCCAAAAUUGUGUUUGAUGAAGCUAAUCGACGACUAGUUGCCUUUACCAAUAAUGUUCACGAAUCCUCUUCGACUCCCAAGGACCACGUAACUAGAAGCGUUACAUCGGAAACUCGAAUGAAGCUGCGGAAUACCACAGGCCAAUUGCAGUUCUGUGACGAUGAAGAAGGUGACACGCACAAUGUCUUUGUGGGCCCUAUUGAAAAAUUGAUUGUUUAUCCUCCACCUCCUGCAAAAGGCGGGAUCUCCGUCACUAAUGAAGACCUCCAUUGCUUAAAUGAAGGAGAAUUUUUAAAUGACGUUAUUAUUGAUUUCUAUUUAAAGUAUUUAGUCCUUGAGAAACUUCGAGAAAAGGCUGACAAAAUCCAUAUUUUUAGUUCAUUUUUCUACAAGCGUCUCAAUCAGAGAGAGAGGAGGAAUCUCCAGGAUACUGCAAACUUAACGUUACAACAGAGGAGGCAUGGAAGAGUAAAAACAUGGACCAGACAUGUGGAUAUCUUUCAGAAAGACUUCGUAUUUGUUCCACUUAAUGAAGCUGCUCAUUGGUUUUUGGCUGUCAUUUGUUUUCCUGGCCUAGAAGAACCAGUGUAUUGUCCUAACCGGUACUACCAAGAGACUAGUAGUCCAUCUGCAGGCAUUGCACAGACUGAGGAAACUCGCACCUCUGCUCCUUCUGGUGACCCACAAACCUGUUUACAAGGUGGUUCUUCUAAGUCACCACUUAAGAAAAUGGCCAGUAAAAAACCAACUCCUGCUUCAGGUGACACAAGCUCUGGGACGGACGAUAGUGACAGCCCGGGGAGCAGACGAAGCCAUGGUGUAGCAAGGCACAGCCUCAGAAAGAAUGAUCCAGGACUUAAAGAGUCUGAUGCCUCUCUGAAAUCUCCAUUUCCACAAACGGACUCUAGUGCUAAAAACGUCAAUGGCAUAGCAGACGAAUGUAAAACUCCAUUAAAGCAUGUUGAUGGCUUGUACAGAAUACAGAUGAGCUAUAGCGACUCUCCAGAUGACCAGAAGAAAGGUGAAGAGGAAUUCAUAGAUUUUUCUGAUGAUCAGGACAAUCUGGAUGAAAGCAGUGAUGAUGGCGGCCUGGCUGAUGACAAUUUCACUUCAGAAGCAGGAAAAUGGCAUCUCAAACCUCUACUCUGCAAACAACCAUGUAUACUGCUGAUGGAUUCUCUCCGAGGUCCUUCUCGCUCCAACGUGGUGAAAACAUUACGAGAGUACCUGGAGGUAGAAUGGGAGGUUAAGAAAGGAAGCAAGAGGAGCUUUUCCAAAGAGUUCAUGAAAGGUUCCAACCCCAGAGUGCCUCAGCAGAACAACUUCAGUGAUUGUGGGGUGUAUGUACUGCAGUAUGUGGAGAGCUUUUUUGAGAAUCCCAUUCAGAGUUUUGAUCUACCUAUGAACUUGACGGAUUGGUUUCCUCAACAAAGAAUGAAGACAAAGCGUGAAGAAAUCCGGAAUCUUAUCCUUAGUCUGCAGGAACAUCAAAGCAAAGACAAGAAGGGACAGAGAGACCUUGGCAUAACACAGGCCCCUCCACCAGAGGAAACAGAGCAGUUGAUCAGAGAAUUUGAAAGUGAAUGAAUAUUUCAUGUGUGGCAUGCCACUCUGCCAUCACGACAGCAAAGCAGACUUUGUUUUAAAAUGUAUCGUGCUUAGAUGUUUGAGUGGCGGACCUGCUCAUUGCUCAGUCUGUGAAUCUGAGAGCGAGCGUCAACCUCGCCAGAUUGACUGAGUGCCAGGACUGUACAUACGGUAAUAAGGCCAUUUUUUCAGUAUUUAUGAUUUAUUUUUUUUGUCCCAUUCUUAAGAAGUGUUUGUCAUUCUCUUAACAUUAACUACAAACUCAAAUUACACGUCAAAUAAAAAGAUAUUAUUUAUAGGCUCACAUUUUAAUGUGUAUUGUUAUUUAGUAUGGAAUUUCCUUGCAAUGUCUGACAGAUGUAUGUUAUUAUCGACAUUCAGUGUAAACAGUCCUACUGAGAUUUCAUGAUCUGAUUUUUACCUACCGUUUAACUGGUGGCCCUUAAGAGUCUAUAAACCGAAUCUGCAGGAAAUCUCCGCAAAGUGGCGCCGAACCUUAAAGGGGUUGUCCAACAUCAAAGAAAUUGAGUGAGUGCCUGGACAGUUUUUAAAAGAACAAAAAAACACUCAGUUCUGAUAGUCCCUCCAUUCCAUCGCCGCUACAUCCAUACCUGCUGAUUCCUGACUCCACUGGACUGGAAGUGAUGACUUUUCCAUCACUGCUGCUGACCAAUCAGUGGCCUCAGCAGUGAUGCGUUCACAAAUGGCACAUGACUGCUGAAGCUGAGAACUCUUUCAUUUUCUUACCUUUAAGGGUGGGGUCAGUUUUAAUUUUUUUUUUUUCAAAAAUGCCAACAUUUUCUUGAAAGUUUUUAUGUCAUUUUCUGAGCAACAGCCAUGAGUGAAUUCAAACUGAAUGGGAAAUAUAAAGGAAGGACUUGGGCUUCUCCUUCCUGCUGGAUCCACUUCUAUCCCCCCCCCCAAAAAAAAAAAAAAAAAAAACUGGUUUUCCACAAAUGAUAGGUGGUAAUAGUCUGAUCACUGCAAUGGAAACCCUACUAAUCACUAGCAUGGGGGUUCCAUGCUCCCAUUCCUCCUGUGUGAUCUAAGUGAAAAGGAGUUUGAAUAGAAUUGUGGCCAAGCAUGCACUGUGCCACUCUAUUCAGAGUCUAUAGGACUGACUGACAGAGAGUAGGCCAUGAAUGGGGCAAAUUCUUAAAUGCCUCACUUCAUUCAAAGACCUCUUCACUGGGGUCAUGCAGUAAAGAGGAACUCCCGUUCUAGUUAUUGUCAGGGUCCCAGUGAUCAAACAUUAAGCACCUAUCCUAUGGAUAAGUAAUAAAUGUAAUUUUUUGGGGCUAAUCAUUUUUAAAGCAAUUAUGCAGUAUUA